AUUCCCAGCUGCAUAUUCUGAAAGUCCUUGGUAUAUAAGGCGCAUAAAAUACAUAGUGUUAAUGCAAGUGAGCGGCAAGUCUAUAAUAGUGGCAGCUCCUCGUGCGAAUUCCACCUAUCCCGAUCAGAGCAAAGUCAUCGAGCCUGGUGCGAUCUUCAGAUGCCUUUUCAAAGACGGUAGCUGCACUUCGUAUGACGUAGAUAAUAAGGGCAACCAUUAUGAAAAGGCAAGCACGGAUGUCCUCCGGGCCAAGGGCAAGGACUUUCAGUGGAUGGGCGGAUCGAUGGAUGGUGGCAUUCUGGAUACGGAUAGGUUCCUUGUAUGUGCCCCGCGAUUCCACAGUGCAACAGAGGUGACACGUGAUGGAUGGAAGUAUGAUUCCGAUACCAAAACCGCAGCUAAUAUCUCCAUGAUUGGAAUCUGCUACUGGCUGAAGGACACAACUGAGGAGGAGCCGGAUGUCACGGAUAUCUGUCCAUUCGCAUUAAGAAAUAAACAGACUGAGACAAUUGGCGAAGACACAAAGCCCUUUUAUCAAAUGGGGCAACUCGGACUCAGUGCACACGUGUCGAAGGCCUCGACACUCGUAAUGGGAGCACCAGGAAUCGAUAUGUUUAGGGGCUCGGUGUAUCUGAAUCCAGAAAACCAGGAACCCGGUGGAAAUCGGUUGGUGCGUGACACGAGUAGAGAACUUCACCGCUAUAGACGGCACGUACCGCAGCGAAAGAACUGGAACCAAGAGGAGGACUCGUACUUUGGAUACGCCGUUAGCUCCGGCUACUUCGACAGCUCAAACCCCAAAAAACUGCUCUAUGUGGCCACCGCUCCUCACGCCAACAAUAAAUCCGGUGAGGCCUACAUCUUUGAAUAUCAAGAUGAAGGAAGGUCCAUCCAAAACCUCGCCAACUUCCGUGGAGGGCAGUUUGGCGAAUAUUUCGGCUAUUCCGUUUUGGUAGAGGAUCUCAAUGGAGACGGAAAACCCGACCUUAUCAUUUCUGCGCCCCAGCACGCUUUGGAGGAUUCAUACGACAACGGGGCCAUCUAUGUUUUUACCAACAAUGGCUCUCUUACUUUUGACCACACGAUUAUUCAUUCGCCAGUGGGCAGUAAGGGGCGGUUUGGAACUACUCUAUCGCAAAUAGGCGACAUCAAUCAAGAUGGUUACAACGACGUGGCCGUGGGAGCUCCCUUUGCCGGAAACGGAUCGGUGCUAAUCUACCUGGGCAACAAGGAUGGGCUGCGGGAUCAGCCGAGUCAGCGACUGGAUGCUCCUCCCCAUCAAGCUUCCGUUUACGGAGCACACAUGUUUGGUCACGGUUUAUCCCGUGGAUCGGAUGUAGAUGGCAACGGGUUCAACGAUUUCGUUGUCGGAGCUCCCAACGCCGAGGCCUCUUAUCUAUACAAGGCAUAUCCUGUUGUAAAAAUAUUUGCAAGAAUAGAACCCACCUCACAUCGGAUCCAACCGGAGCAGGAAAAAUUAAAUAUCACCGCCUGCUUUAGACUGAUAACCACUUCCAAGAUCAAUAAGGUUCAGAAGCAGAGGCUAAACAUCUCGAUUGACCUCGACACGGAUAAGGAGUUCAUGGAUAAGCGGGCUGUAUACGAGGGCGAUAGAGUGAUUCGCUUUACGGGUAUUGCGAUAUUGGAAGAGACGUGCAGGAAUUUCGAAAUUCAAAUGGUCAGGAAAGCUAAGUUCGAGAACAUUACGAUGAAAAUGAUCUACACGAUAGGGAAGAAGAUUUCGGACUUAGAAGAGUUCUGCGAAGAGUGCGCGGUUGUUGAUCCGGCAGAACCGAAGUUUUCCACAGGGAACAUAACCUUCAACACGGGCUGUCCCACUUUUGAUUGCGUUGCUGAUCUGAAGUUGAGGAGCAUCAAUGUGAGAUCCGAGUUCAUUUUUGGUACAUCCGACACUCUCCGUCUGAGAUAUAACAUCACCAACGAAGGGGAAAACGCCUAUCAGCCACAGUUCAACGUGACCAGCAUUCCCCGCCUGGAUUUCGCCCAGAUUCCGGGAAACUGCAGAAAAUAUAAAGACGUCUUGAUGUGCGAUCUGAACCAAGGAUUUCGAAUUGCCAAAUUUAACUCCACUUACGUCGAUGUAGUCUUCGACGUGACCCAACUGGGAGGACAGUCUCUGACUAUCUACGCAAAUGUUUUCAGUGCCCUGAACGAGUCCAAUCCAGAGGACAAUAACCUAACCACCGUGAUCACUCUGAAGGAGCGCACCGAGAUCGAUGCUAUCGGAUUUCAGACAAAUGAUCAAAUUGUUCUCAAAAAGGACCCUUACAUUUCGGAACUCAUCAACCAUUACGAGUUCAAGAGCCACGGCCCCAGUACUAUAGAAAAGUUAAACCUGUCGCUUUAUAUUCCAAUAGCGUAUAAGACGUCUGAUUCUGAUAUAUAUCCCAUUAUGGAUAUAUCAAGCUUAAAGAUACAGUCCAGCUACAACGAUUCUAAGCAACUUACCAUCGAGCUCUUCGACCCCAAUAAUUUACUUCUAAAGAACUUCACCCAGGAACAUAGGCAGACCACCUUAUCGACGCCACGGAUGCGUAGGGAGGUGAAAGGUCUGAAAGUGAAAUCCGAUUCAGAGCGGCUAGAGCAAAAUGCUAGCAUAUCACAAGUCCAGACCAACGAACUGCUGUUGGAAGAGAACCUGCCGAAGGAUAACACCAUUGUGUUGAACUGCCAGGAAACAAACCGAACGAUAUGCGUACGGGUCGAAUUGGGGCUCGACUUUAAGCCAGAUAAACCUUUAAGCCUAAACAUAAGCUUCAACGUGGAUCUGAAUGAGGCUGAGGAUUUCUGGGAGUACUUUGUCAUCAAGACGGAUCUGAGGCUUCUCAAGAAGGGAGAUCCCUCAUGCAGUUCGUUCAGGAUUAACAAGAAGAUCAAAUCGAAUGUGAUAUGCAAGCAUGCUGAAGUGUCCAUUUGGAAAAUUAUUUUGUCCGUUAUCGGGGGCGUGGUGGUGCUCUCUGCAAUAACUUACGCUCUUUAUAAGAACGGAUUUUUUAAACGUACCAUAAAGUACGAGCUAACCAAGCUAAUUCGAGAUAGUUUUGUGGAGGAAAUGGCUGAGUCGAGGGAGAAUUCUGAUGCAGAUGCGGAUUCCCGGGCAGAAUCGGAGGAUACAAGCGGAGGCGAAUAA